AUGAAUCCGAGGGAGUGCGAGCAGCUGGCUGGCUGGCGCCCAGGCCCCGGUGAUGUGGGCGGGGCGGGGCUCGCCGCUGGGCCCCAAGCCGGCCCAGUCGAGGCUCAGGCGGCGUCCUGCAAGCAGCCCUUCUGCCUGCCCGCUGCCAGCCCCACUGCGGGGCCCCCGGGCCCCCCGGGCUCCAUGGGGCAGAGAGCCCCCCGACCCUUCUUUCUCCUCCUCCUCCUGCUGCUGCAACCACCCACCGUGCUGGCGGCGGGCCCCGGGGGCGGCCCUGGGCACGGCUGCCAGGAACUAAGGAAACUUUUCCAGCUGCGGCAGGUGGGGUUGGCCAGGGGGCUGCCCGGGACCCCCGGGACAGGUCCCGAUCUUCAGGUAUGUUCAUCCAGAGGUCCUACUUGCUGUACCCAAAAGAUGGAAGAAAGAUACCAAAUGGCAGCCCGGCAGGAUAUUCAGCAGAUGCUUCAAACAACAAGUUCUGCUUUGAAGUUCUUAAUAUCUCGCAACGCUGCUACUUUUCAAGAAACCUUUGAAACGCUCAUCAGACAGGCGGAGAAUUAUACAAGCAUGCUCUUUUGCAACACCUAUAGGGACAUGGCUUUUGAGGCUGUGGCACCAGUUCAGGAGUUCUUCACGGAUGUGGGGCUUUUUGUCUUUGGCACAGACAUUAGUACUGAAGAUUCUGUACACAGAUUCUUUGACACACUCUUUCCACUGGUCUACAAUCAUCUCAUUCAUCCUGGCCCAACAGACAUUACGCUGGACUAUUCAGAAUGCAUUCGCAUGUCAAGGCGGGAGAUAAAACCUUUCGGCAACAUUCCCCAGCUGGUCGUGGGACAAAUGGGGAGUUCCCUGUUGCCCAGCCGCACUUUCUUGCAAGCCCUCAAUUUAGGUAUUGAAGUCAUCAAUACCACAGAUCACCUUCAGUUGUCGAAAGAGUGCAGCAAAGCCUUACUUAGGAUGCAGUACUGCCCUCACUGCCAAGCACUGACUUUAAGUAAACCGUGCAUGGGAUACUGCCUUAAUGUCGUGAGGGGAUGUCUGGCCAACGUGGCUGAAGUUGACUCCCAUUGGCAGAGAUACAUUCAGUCCCUAGAAGAGCUAUCUGAUGCAAUGCACGGAACGUAUGACAUGGAGCGGGUGCUCCUCGACUUCCACUUAUUUGUUAAUGAUGCUGUUACCCAGGCUCAUAUCAAUGGACAAAAAUUAUCAGAACAGGUGAACAAGAUAUGUGGUAACCCUGUCACAACACCUACACAGACUCCUGACUGUUCUCUUGAUCAGAGUAAGCAAGGGAUGAAGAUUUCCACAGCAAGAGGCACUGAAGAAACACUUAGCAACAGAAGAAAAGAAUUUAUUGAUAGCCUGCGUCUCUACAAGACUUUCUACGGAGAACUAGCUAAUCAACUCUGUGUGACUGAAUUAGCAGCUGCAGAUGGAUUGCCCUGCUGGAAUGGAGAGGCGAUAAAAAGCUAUACUCACCACGUAGUUGGAAAUGGAAUCACAGCUCAAUCUGGGAAUCCCGAAAUGAAGGUGAAAGGAACUGAUGCUGUAAUAAAUCAAAUUAUAGAUAAAUUGAAGCAUAUUAUUCAGUUGUUGCAGGGCAGAGCUAUUCCAAAACAUGAAAGAUGGGAUCUGUUCCAAAUGGGCAGUGGUGGAAGCAGAGAAGAUCAAAUCAGUGGAGACUGUGAUGACGAAGAUGGUUGUGGAGGAUCGGGAAGUGGAGAAGUAAGGAAGAUAACAAAAAUUCCAAACUCAGGGAUGCCAGAUGAGAUGAACCUAAAUGACAUAAAGCGAAUGCAUCAAGCAGACGGUGGCAGCAAUUUGGACAAAACUGGAUCAGGAUGCACAGCAGUUGUUGCAUAUAUAACAUUUUCACUGAUUAGUGUGGUAACAUUACUUCUCAGUUUUGGGUAAAAGAACAGAUAGUAUGUCCUUUUGCAAUCAUUCUUCCCCUUACCCCUAUAAACCUGUAUGAGGGAUCUGUUGAAUGAAGAAGUUAUGUCUAUGGUGCAGUUUGCCACAUUAACCUCCUACAUGUCAACUCUGAAUGAUCUAAGAAGUGGUUGAGUAUCUCCUUCAUAAGGUAUAUGUUGAUUUUUUAUAUUUCUUUUUUUUUUGGUCCAAAUGUAACAUGCUGCAUUUGUAGCUUAUUCUACAUGAAUUAAUUUUAAAUAAGAAUGCCUGAAUACACCUAGCAUGUUUUUGGAAUUCAGUGGUUUUUCUUUCUUUAAUCCCUGCAAGAGAAAACCUUGAUUGUUAUAGGAUGUAGAAUUGGCAAAAUAGUGAGUAUCCUUCAGAGUGAAACACUAAAAUGGUAAAAAUGAGAACGCCACUAAAUUUAACUAGAAACAGUAUGUAGUUUACAAUAUGUAAACUCCAACUAAUGAACAGGAAGUCUGGAUUGAAGAAUAACGUUUCAUGCAAAGCAUUUAGCAGUUUUGUGGAUUUCUUUUUUGUCUCUUCAAUCCAACGACUCACAAUCUCAUUUUCUAUUAUUUUUGCUUGAGGUUUAUUUUUAUCUCCCAUAUCUACAAUUUUUCUAGGAGUAAUGCCUGCCAGAACUCUCUUUAUGCCUACUAGAUUAAGAUAUGCUGCAUAGCAUUCACAGGUGGCAUAAUUUUGUAGUCUCUACUAAACCUAUUGAUUUUUAGGUGGCAAUCUAUACAGGAAUAACAAAUAAUUGACAUGUAGUGUUAUGAAAACCACCUGAAAUCUUGUUUAAAAUUUAAACUUUGCAUGAAUAGCUGGCUAUCUAGGCACAUUUCAGAUGCUUGUGGAUAUCAAAAGAAGUGAAGUGGGCAAUACAGAAUGUAUAAAUGUUAAAGUUACCAGUUGUCCUAUACCAAAGUUGUUGACCACAAUCACUAAUGUUCCAAAUUGUGAUGAAAUGUUUCAGCAUAAACUGAGUUGGUGACUUCUACCAUACUAGCUGA